AUGUCUCUGUAUCGGAACCUUGUUUGGUUCACUCGGGGUAUGCGAGAGUACACGAAAUCGGGUUAUGAGGCAGCUGCCGCUAAUUUUGAUCCGAAAGAAUUAGAUGGUGUACGUUUGGAUAAUCGGCGAAUCCUUGUCACCGGAGCCAAUUCCGGCAUCGGGUUAGCUUGUUGUAAGGAACUAGUCAAAAGGGGUGCACAGGUUCACAUGAUCUGUCGCAAUGCGCAACGAGGCGAGGCUGCACGCGAUGAAGUGAUCCGUUUUGCGAACAAUGCUAACACCAAUGUUCAUCUGCACCAACUGGACAUGGCUAAACCAAAAAGUGUCAGCGAAUUCGCUCGACAGUUCAUCGCGCAACACGACCGUGUUGACAUUCUGCCCCGUGUUAUUGUGGUUAGCUCGGGAGGGAUGCUUGUACAGAAAUUGGACAGCUCAGACCCUAUGCUUGUCAAACAACGUGCUCGCUUCGAUGGGACCAUGGUAUACGCGCAGAAUAAGCGACAACAAGUUGUUCUUUGUGAAUUAUGGGCUCAGGCUUAUCCAGAAAUUGUAUUUGCCUCCAUGCAUCCCGGUUGGGCGGAUACACCGGCGGUUGCCUUAUCGAUGCCCAGUUUUCAUCAUCGAAUGCAAGGCAAACUUCGUUCAGCCGAGCAGGGUGCGGAUACAGUCGUUUGGCUGGCCUUAACGCCGAAUAUCCGAUCGUUUGAGAAUGGUUCCUUUUUCCAAGGCAUGUUGAACAGAUUGUCGAUUGUUUUUUGUUGUUGUAUGCGUCAGUUUCUAACCGUUACCGGUUUUUUCUUUCUCGUGCGGAAAUAG